GGUGCUGAAAUCUCAAACGCGCACUCCCACUGGCGCUACACGCACACACACACACACACACACACUGCGAUUUCAGCACUGAAAACACUCACGUCUCUCUAAUAAUGGAGGUUUACUUGAACGGAUUCACGUGGAAACUUUUUCUACUUUCUUACUUAUUUCUGGAGUGCUUGUCCCAGGACUUUGGACAACAAACCCAGUUCAUCUGCACGUCGGUACCCAAGGAUAUGGACAUAUGUUCAGCGACGUUACAAAACAGUGUUCCGGGAGAGGAUUUGAAGACCACGGUGAUGCAGCUCCGAGAAACAGUACUUCAGCAGAAGGAAACCAUCAUGAACCAAAAAGAGACUAUUCGGGAACUAACCUCCAAGCUCACACGCUGCGAGAGUCAGAGCGGGACGGACUCCGGGGAUUCUCGCGGCAGCGGGCGAAGGAAAGAGUCCGGUACUAAGAACACUAUGGGGGAUGUAUCGCGAGCUCCUUCAGACACGCUGACGCAGUUGUCACAGACUUUACAGUCUCUCAAACAGAGAUUGGAAAAUCUAGAGCAAUUCAGCCGAAACAACAACUCGGUGCAGGCGAACAGUCUGAAGGACCUGCUGCAGACCAAGAUCGACGACUUGGAGAAGCAGGUUUUGUCCCGCGUGAACACUCUGGAGGAGGGCAAGACGGGGCUGCGCAACGAGACUGAGCAACGGGGUCGCGUGGAGUCCACUCUCACGUCCCUCCACCAGAGAAUCACGGACCUGGAGAAAGGCUUGAAGGAGAACCGUCCGCUGGACAAGUUCCAGCUGACCUUUCCGCUGAGGACCAACUACAUGUACGCCAAGGUGAAGAGGAGCUUACCGGAGAUGUACGCAUUCAGCGUCUGCAUGUGGCUCAAGUCCAGCGCCUCGCCGGGAGUUGGCACUCCGUUCUCGUACGCCGUCCCCGGCCAAGCCAACGAGCUGGUGCUCAUCGAGUGGGGUAACAACCCCAUGGAGCUCCUCAUCAACGACAAGGUGGCGAAGCUGCCGUUCCUGAUCAACGAUGGCAAGUGGCACCACAUCUGCGUUACCUGGACGACGCGUGAUGGCGUGUGGGAGGCGUUCCAGGACGGAGUGUCCAGGGGCACCGGGGAGAACCUGGCGCCGUACCACCCCAUCAAGCCACAGGGGGUCCUCAUCCUGGGGCAGGAACAGGACACGUUGGGCGGUGGUUUCGACGCCACGCAGGCCUUCGUGGGCGACCUGGCCAACUUCAACAUCUGGGACCGCAAGCUGUCCACGGGGGAGAUCUACAACCUGGCCACCUGCAGCAGCAAGGCUCAGGUGGGCAACGUCUUCUCCUGGCUGGAGACCAGCAUCGACAUCUACGGCGGGACCUCCAAGUGGACGUUCGAGGCGUGCCGCCAGCUCAACUGAACCUUCCGGAAGCCCUCAGGAACCCUGCAGAACCCCCUCGGAACCCUGUGACCGUGCAGAACUGCACAGAACCCUCUCCUGACCUAUCAGAAGACAGCAGGAGAAAGGAACCUUCUCCUGAAUCAAGGGUGCAGAUUC